AUGGACAUGAGAACUUUCAUGUGUCGGGAGCUGUGUGCACAUUCCUCCCUGGAGCAAGGAACCCCCGUGAGGAGGAGCCAGAGAUGGGGGCAUCGAACCAGGUGCUGCCCAGGAUGGACAUCUCUGGUCUCAGACAGUGAAUCCCUAGGAGGAAGGGGAGCCUCUGCCUCACCUGCACAGCUCAGGACAGGAAAAAGCAUCACACUCCUCCCAUCAUUGCCAAAAGCUGUGGUGUUUGAGCAGCCAAAGCCAAGAGGCUUCAGCACCAGGGCUCUGCCCUGGAGGGCUCCUGGUCCUGCCCAUGCUGUGGGGGAGAAGAACACAAACUCACAGCCAUUUGGGCCUGACAGUCCCCUGCAGCCAGAGCUCAGCACACAUCCACAGAGCCAAGUCCAGCAUCUGAAAGGAAAAAAACAAACAGAAGGAAAAGAGCUGCCCCUUGAACACCAGCUGUGCCAGGAACCGGCAGAACUUCCAAGGAAGCUCAGCAGCAUCGGGACAGGGACAGGAAAGGGUGCACAUCCCUGCCUUCAGCACACCUCCAGUGGGACUCACCUGCAAAAGCUUUCCAUCCCUUCUGUACUUCCAGCUGGCUUCCUGAAAAACUCCCAGCUUCAUCCAAACAAAACUUCAUCCCACCCAAGCCUCUGAUUUUAAGGCAUUUCUGCAGGCUGUUGUGUGGGAUUUAGUACCUGUGAGGGAAGAUUGCAUUGGCUGGAAUGCUGCUGCUGAAUGAUGGCCUCAGGCUGGAAGGGAAGGGUUUUGGGGUGGCUGGAACUCACCUGGCAGCUGUGUGGGAGCUCUGGGAGGUUGGAACCGGGAAUUGCUGCCUGAGCCCCUCUGCAAGUGUCCCGUGCUGCCAUCAGCAGGAAAUGCCAGCUGUGCCUUAGGGUGCUUUUGGGCUGUGGGUGAUCUCCAUCCAGGCUGGAGCAUCCCCAGGUGCCUGUUCAGAGCAGCCCCUGGCCCAGGAGCCACGGGCAGCCCUGGAGCCGUGUCUGUGCCAGCACUGCCCGGGCAGCCCAGUGUCCAUCCCUGGGACGUGCUUGGCACAGGCAGGACGCUGCAGAGCCCAAGGACAAGAGGUGCUGGUUGCCUUUCAGGGACUCCUGGCCUCCUCCUGCCCCACAUUGCCAGCUGGGACACACAGAAACACCCAGGAACAUUGCUGGCAGGGAGCAGGAGACACUGAGGCCUCUGUGCAGCUCUGGGACCCAAAAACAGCUCCAGGAGUUGCCAUCAUCUUAGCCUGGUGAUACUCACCUGCAGGAAAUAUCCUAUGGACUUGAAAGUCAGAUUUUACAGUCUGUCUCAACCCCAGCAGAUCUUUCACAUGUCCUGUGAUCUGGAAGUAAAGAGAAAAAUUCCCAGUUGAAUUUUUAUAAAUGAGGUUUUACCA